UUGAAGGUAUAGCACUAACCGGUUCUCCUAUUUUUUGCAAAACACUGAGAAAUUCAACAGGUGUAAUUCACUGUAUUCAUAGAUAUACAACAGAAUGAAUGUCAGGUGUGCGCCGAAGCUCAGAAGAACUAUACAGAUGUCGCAACUACAUCGCGGAUGCCUGUGAUACAGGACAUGGACAUUUAUAGGCAUGUAGGCGGUUUUAUUUGGUUGACAAUUGUGAAACUAUAAACAGACAAUAUGUAUUUGAGGCUCUUCCGUAUCAUCAUGCCUCCUCAUUUGCAUACUGUCUACUUUCGCUUCCUCGUUUGACAUCGCUUCAUCGGGAGUUGAUCAAGUUGAUCGCUUCGCGUCCUAUAAUCAUGACCAACAGCGUCGACGAUCAAACGCCCGUGUCGCGUAAAGACGUGCUGGUGAAGUAUUUACAGCACUACGACAGAGUUUCGUCUGAAGGUAAUGUUAAAGUGUGUUCGGAUCGACAGGUGACAGAUGAAGCCAGACGCGUGUUACUGUCAGAGGAAGAGCCGCGGAAGAGGUUUAACACACUGGAUCUUUAUCGGGCUCUCUAUGAGUGUGUGCAGUACACAGACUAUCAGAGACACAUCCAGGGCUUUAUAAAAGCCACAGAGUUACUGGAGAUGUUCUGUGUCAACCUGUUUCUGUUUCCCUGGAAGAAGGAGAUUAAAACGUUGAAGACAUUCACAGGACACUUUGUCUACUACAUCAAGCCAAUUCUACCUUUUGCCAAGAGUAUUCUUCAGAGUAUUGGUUACUGCAUUGAAACAGACACCGAGUAUAGACUGUCUGACAGUGUCGACCCUGACAAGGCCAAAAAAAUGGGAUUUGACCUUUUCCUCGCCAGAUUAGAAUGUGAGUACCUCCUUGAGCUCAUGGGCAAGAAAUCACACGUGGAAUGUCUAGAGAUCCUUCAUAUAAGAGCUGCUCCUCUAAACGCCAGUGCUGGAGAUGAUGUCCCGGGGCACACAAGUAUCUGUAAUCCAAAUGAGGAUGUUCUUCAGGAGGAUGGACAUGUUGAAGGUGGCUCAUUGGUCAAUCCAGAGGAACAGCAGAGACAGACGAUUAAAACGCAUAACCCUCAUGAUCAAGAAAACUUUGAGACUCAAGAUAGUACAAUCACUGAUGUAGAAAGACCAUCCAGCUCAUUUAUGGCUGAUGAUAAGUCUAUCCUGGAAAUGAAGGAGAACUACCCAGACCUGGCUAUCCGACAAAAGCCCAUUUUCCGGAAGUCUCAGAAAAAGUCUACACAACCUCUUAAAGCCAAGGAGCUGGUUGGAUUUAAGCGGUACAGCACAGCCCUGUUCCCUGAGGUCAAUACUGACAUGAGUGGUCCCCAGUCUAUAGCCAUGCACAAUGAGACCACCCCAAGCAAUAAUACAUUACAUAUCCCAAAUGCAGUUGUAGAAGCUCAAUGCUUAGAUGACAAACCACUGGUUCUUCGAGUGGAAACGGUGUUGCAAGGAUGCAACCGUGAGGGGCCACCGAAAAACUGUAUGGUUGAGCUAACUGAGCAAAUGGGCAAAUUGCACAAGAAAGAACUCUGUGUAGAUGAGCCUCUUAAAUACCCCAUAGAGGAGACCACACAGGCCCAGCUGUGCAAUGGAAAUAAUGUCAAUGUCAUAGCCCCGCCCACAAAAACUCAAGAUGGGAUGAGCUUGCCCAUUUUAUGCACCCAAUCUCAAGAGCAUAUCUGCAACAUUGUAGGUUGCAGGAGCUGUGCAGUAUCUGAUGCCGUUCCUGGACAGGACAACACCAUUAAAGAGCCUCCCCAGUCCAUUUACAUCCCCAGUUCUCUCGCGCCAUUGGGACCACUGACUGACCACCAUCAGACGGGAAAUGAGGGUUCAAAUUCUCAACUCCACAGUUGAGUCCCACAUCGCAGCAACCAGACGAUGACAUCACCCAAACAUAUGUGAUGUUGUAGAAGCACACAGUAUUCCUUCCCAUCCAUGUUAGAAAUGGAAAUGCAUUGACCUCCAAAUAUGACUAUGUAUGCUAGCCUAGUACUGACCAGAAUUUUUUUGCUAUUCUCAAUGAUGGCAACUUUCCUUUUGAUCAAGCAUUGAGGAGCCUUAAAUGGUAACUUAUUUAUGAAGAAUGUCUGUGUUUCCUAUCAUCAUAGCUUUUUAAGUAAACGAAGGGUUCUUGCUGCUUUUUUAUUAACCUGCUAAAUAAGUUUUAAGUCAUAAUAACUUUAGAGCUUGACUCGGUAUUGUGCCUUACUAAAUGUAAAGACAGUUAAAAUGUGUACCCACUUGUCUUAAUGAAAUGUUCUGCAGGAAUGUC